AAACAAACCGGCACAAACUGUUUGUAAACAAAAAUCAAAAUCAUGAGCAGCACCGCAAGCAAUCCCAUCCGGAACACGGCGUACGUGUCCAACCUGCCGUUCAACCUUACCAACAUCGAUCUGCGGAAGAUCUUUGAAAAGUACGGUUCGGUAGUGAGGGUAACGGUCCUCCGGGAUCCGCAGACUCGCCAAAGCAAGGGCGUGGCCUUCGUGCUGUUCGGGAACGCCAAGGACGCCGACCAGUGCUGUCAGGCGAUGAACAACGUGGAGAUGUUUGGCCGCACGCUCCGGGCCAGCAUCGCCAAGGACAAUGGGAAGGGGGCGGAGUUUUCGCAGCGGCGUGAAUAUCCGGACAAGAGCCGCUGUUACGAGUGUGGCGAGAAGGGACACAUGAGCUACAAGUGUCCGCGGAACGUGCUGGGAGAUAAGUCGCCACCGAGGAAGGUUCGGAAAAAGGGCGAAAAAAGGACUCAGGUUGGAGUGGCUGAAUCGGUCUGGGGCAGUGACGAGGAGUCCGAUCGGUUGAGAAGAAUCGCGGAGGUUCGGGAGCAGGAAGGAGCAACGGCCGUGAAGCGGAUUCGGUACAAAAAGAGUGCUUACUUCAGCGAUGAUGAGGAGGUUGAAGAGGAUUAAAGGAAUUUUGUUUUGAAUUUUGUCUUGUAAAUAAAUACAAACUAGUUCUUGAA